AUGUUCCUCAUUUACAUCCUCGUCUUCGGCGUCUUGACCGUCCCAGAGAUGAAUGCUAUCUUCGCCCUGAUCUGUCACCAACGAUACUCCACGAGUCAACUAGACCAUUCCAAAUACAAUGCUACGAAUCUCUUCGAAGACCUAACCCAGUGCCUGGGUAACAAGCAAGCGCAAUCUGAUCUCUCGCGGUUCUUCAUUUACGGCCAAACAACCGCCGGCCUUCUCGGUGCCGUUUCGACCCCCUUCCUCAGCUCACUGUCGGACCGCGUCGGUCGCAAACCUUUCCUGGCUUUAACCGCUAUGGGACCAUUGAUUUAUGAAUCUCUCCUCCUCACCAUCCUUCGAUACCCGGAUUAUAUCGAUCUACAUUGGCUCCUGGUGGGAUACGCCAUAGAGGGUCUCAGCGGCGCAGUCAUUACAGCGACGGCCCUGUCCCAAGCAUAUGUUACCGACCUUGUGCCGCCGAACAAACGAGCACGACUCUUCAGUUAUCUGCAGGCCGCCAUCUCUUUUUCUUUGGCUCUGGGACCCAUCAUUUCUGGGGUCCUACUAGCGGCUUCGAAUCCAUUCCAGCUCAUCUACAAGCUUGCCAUCUGCACCCAUAUAUGUCUCGCAUUCGCUUUCCUCUUCCUCCUGCCAGAGUCACGCCGACCCAAGCCUGAUGGUACAACCAGUCAAGAUGACUUGACCCAGGAACUACCUCGGAAGGAAAACUGUGUCAGUCUCGUGUUCUCGUCACUAAAGGCAAUACGUGCAUCAAGCGCGGCGCGUCAGAAGAAUAUGGCUAUCCUAGCAACUGUGGAUUUCUGCAUCUUCGGGAUCCUUAUGGGUAUCUACUCUCUCCAGCUCGCAUACACCGCAUACUUGUUCCACUGGGAACCUAGCACCCAGAGCUUCGCCCUAGCUCUUUUCUCAUCAUGGAGCAUCUUGAUACUUGUCCUGCUAUUCCCUGCAGCCAUGAUGCUAGUCCGCCGAUGGGGCAGAAGAAUGAGCCCCUCAAGCUUGUCUUCUGUGUUGAAUUUCGGAGAGGUAGGCGCCAUCAAAGUCUGUUUGGCGCUGCAAUGCCUAGGCUAUAUCGGGAUAGCCUUUUCUCGGUACCCGGGCUCUUUCAUCAUUUCUUCUCUACUUGUUGCAUCGGCUGCGCCUGUGGCCCCUCUUCUAACAUCCUGCCUGACAUCUCAUGUGCCCAGCGACCAAUCCGGCCAACUUCUCGGGCUUUUGAGUUUCCUGCAUUCUAUCGCUCGAGUCGUCCUGCCCGCGAUAAUGAGUGCUACGUAUAGCAUGACGGUGGGAUAUUCCCCGGCGCCUUUAUUUAUACUACUAGCGUGCAUUGCGUGCCUUUCACUUUUGGCGACCAUGUGCAUCAAGACAAACGUGUUAUGA